AUGUCCUCCGAUAGGGAUGCCGACCUCGCAAGCAGGACAAUCGGUGCUCCAACGCCAGACCUACGCUUGUGUUCCGCAGCACCCGAUCUGGCAGACGUGUUUGAGGAGGUGUUGCCAACGGAGAGGACAAGUGGACCGAAGCGUCGCAGCGGUCGUCCAAGACUCUCAAACAGCGACAGCAGCCCUAACCCCCUGCGAGCAGCCGAGACAAACCCCAUUAAGGUGCGGACUCAGAAUGUACGCCGCCGUCCCUCGUACACCUCGGCAAGCGACGACAGCAAUAAGCAAGAUUCAAUCCGUGCACGCAAUCGGCAGGCCGCACACAGGUGCCGAAAGAAGAAGCAGAAGGUCGAUGAGGAUCUCCAAACCCAAGAAAUCGCCAUCAACAACAUCAAUAAGCACCUUCAAUGUGAGGCCGCCAACCUUCAAUCUGAGAUUCUCUGUUUGAAGAACAUGGUGCUACAGCACAGCGGCUGUGCGUGUCGAUCCAUCGACGAAUACAUCGCUCAGGCGGCGCAAAAUCUUGUGCAGGGGGCUCUAGCUACCAUGCCUUCACUUCUUAGCGAAGCAGCCCCACCAGUGGAGGCAGAUGUCCAGGCGAGCGGAAUUUCAUGGCAAGACGUAAUUGAAGGACGGUGUUACGUUGGUUGGGACAUGUUGGACAGGCCAACAUGCCUCUACUCAGCUUUGGAGGCGCAGUCUUCGGUUUGA